AUGAAAGAAAGGGAAGAAGAGGAAAGAAGAAGUGAAGAGGAGGAGGAACGAAAAAGAAAGGGAAGCAAGGAAGAAGAAAAGAGGAAAAAGGGGAAGAAGAGGAAGGAAGAGGAAGAAGGGGAAGAAGAGGAAGAAGAGGAAGAAGAGGAAAGAGAGAAAGAAGAGAAAGAAGAGAAAGAAGAGAAAAGAAGAGAAAGGAGAGAGGAAAAGAUAGAAGUAGAAAGAAGGGGAAGAAAGGAAGAAGAGAACAGAGGAAGAAGGGGAAAGAAGGGGAAUAAGGGGAAAGUGAGGAAGAAGGAGGAAGAAGAGAAGAAGGGGAAAGAGAGGAAGAAGAAGGUGUUGUAA